GACCUAACGUAAAUAAGCACAGUCCAAUUAGAUAAAAUGUUGUUUGUAAACCACACCGGUUAUGAAACAUGCAAACGAGGGAUACAUAGAAAAUAAUACCGGCGAGGGUACGAUCCAACUUGCUUACGGUGGUAACUAUUUCAUCGGAACAGCAGCUCCUGGUGACUGUUCUGGUGGUAUGAAGUUGGCAAUCAACGCUUUGGCCCCUGAUAAUAAGGACUCAUCUUUCAAAUCUCUCUAA